UUUCGGAACUUUCGAGAAACUAUCAGUUUUUCGGUGUUAGAUAUAAAAUCCGCUGAGGUCUCGGGGACUUCUGUGUUCUUCAAGAGAUAAUAGGUUGGACCGGGGCCCUCAAAAUGAAUCAAAACUCUAGGAACAUUUGCGCCUCGGAUCUGGUGGCCCAGUUUCUCCAAACUGUGGAUGACUGCAAGGCAUUGACUUCAACCCGCAAGGUCUUGGCUCCUAUUCCGGCAGCUAGGCGGGAGGUUGACCCAUCCGAGCUGCAGCGCUUAGACGACUACUUCGAUAGGAUGGCAGACUUGAUCAUGCGAGCUCCGCGCCGCCCUCAUGACUAUACCAAGCCAGAUUCUACUCAAGGCAAUACCGAGAGGAAUAGGCGUCCAGUUCCCUACAAGAUUAAGCCGAGGCCCGUGAAGGUCGUGUCCACGACGCCUGUGACCGUCACUCAGGAGAAUGAGCGCGUCACUCCAUCGGGCCCCAGCGAGUAAACUGUUCGAGAAUUCGCGCCUAAAUGCAUGGUCAAUUUCUAUGUCCUUUGUACCUGACCUGUACGUAAUGAGCUGAAUUUUGCUCUGGUUAGUUCAGAUCAAAGCGUAGGAUCCAUUUGGAUGGAAGGUUAUAAUGAAAGUAGCUAAUAUCUUGUGACAGUGUUCAGGUACCUAUUUCGUUAUAUUUACAAGAUUUAUACUACUUUUAAUGUCCCUAAGAUGAUUUACUAUUUUGUAAGUUGAACUUUUGAUAGUUUUAUUCAUAUCUAUUUUUUAUUAAGGCAAGUGAAGCGUGUCAAAAUUUGUAAGUAUUUAAGAGUUAGGGACUUUUUAAAGAGUAUUGGUAAGAUCAUGUUGAGACUGAAAAAAGAUUGAAUUAUUUUUGAACGUAUUUCUAAAAAUAUCCUUAGCGUGCUUUGGAUUGUAAAAAUUAAAAUUGAUGAAUAAAACAAAAUUUUUAGAGAAGUAAAGGGAGAUAUGUAUACGUUAACGUCAAAAGCAGAAAUUAAUUAAAAUUAAAACUUUGAGAAAGAAUCAUGGUAAAAAUUUUGGUCACUUAUAAAGUGAAUUUUGGUCAAACGAUUUGGUCCUCAUGGCUUCAAUUAAGCCAAAAUUAUUCUAAUAUUCUGUAACUCACUGUUAUUUUGUCACUAUUCUGUAAUUCUCCUGCUAUCUCUUUGUGAUUUCCAUAAUCUAUCUUGACCAGAUGAAAUGCAUGCACUAAUAGUGCACCAGGCCGCGACCGAGAACUCAAGGGAUAUUCCGAUUGCAUUCAAAUAAUCAUAUUUCUGGGUGUUUCUCUAUGUGGUAGUUAGAACAGGCAAAACUGUUUAGCUAAUAAGGUAUAUAAUCAUUAUAUCUUAUAUAUUAACAUAUUGAGAUUGUUAUUUGGGAAUAACCAGGAUUUUGAUGAUGUUUGCCUCGUCCUGCACGUUGAGUACCGAACUGUUGUUCCGUGUCGAGAUAUCGGCACUUUUGUACCAACGUUUUAUUAUAGUUUAGUUUUACUCUCUUGUAAACACUCUCACACUCAGUACCAAAACCACCGGUAGCACCGAUAAAAGCUCGUCGAUGCACAUGCGUAGCUUCAGGCUUACAAGAUUAUGCCAAAAAUUCAAAAUUUUAUUCGAUUUGUUUUAAGGACGAGGACUUAGGUUAGGCGCCCUUCCCGCAGAGGGAAUACAGGGUUGGUACUGAAACCUACCACAGGAUUGACUUAUUAAUGUAAGAUGUAAUUUCUUGGCACGACAAUGAAAUUGCGUGCCCUUGCACCCUGUUCGAAGACAGGUAGAUACUUCUAAUGGAGUCAGCAGGAUGUUUUAAUAUCAUGGUAUGUUUUGAAAUAUGAACAGGGCUUGUCUUAUUAAGCGAUGGUAGAUGAUAUGUUACCAAGCGUAAGCACUAGAAAAUAUUGAAUUUGAUGAUAAGAAAAAAGAUCUCCGAAGAAUUCGAGGACGGAAUGUGUAAGCCAUCGCUGAAAUAAUAAUGAUAUUUACUGAAUCUAAAUAUGUACUUAAAUUAAAAAUAUGUAUAUCA